AUGGAUUCCACUAAGCCGCUGGAAGGUGCUUUGUUACAGGGUGAAAAGUCAACGGCAGAGGCGGAAGAAGGAGAACUUUUGGAUGAAGCUGCCGGAGAUGAAAACGUCCAGCCCCUGCAUAAAAGAUGCCGCCAGCUCGUGGAAAGCAUGGAGCUGGAGAACGCCCAGCUCCGGCGCCAGCUGCAGAAGCUGGAGCGGGAGCACGAAGACGUGGUGGAGCGCAACGAGGAGCUGGAGUCGCUCCUGGGGGAGGCGCAGAACCGAAGCCAGGAGGAGCGCGAGCAGCUCCAGGACCGAGUGGACGGGCUGCGGAGGAAGGUCGCACGUUUAGAGGCGGAGCUGUGCCAGGCACAGAAGAUGAAGCCAGACAAGGUGGAUGAAGACACGGCAGACUUCCAAAAGAGGCUGAAGAUUCACCAAGAGAAAGUCAGAGCACUGGAAAGCAAACUUUCCGAGGUGGAGAAACAGAGGGAGCAACUGGCCGGGGACCUGGAAGUAACGCAGAAGGCGCUGAACGAGGAGAAGAAGGAGGUGAACAAUUCCAGGUCGGAACUGCUGCGGCUUUACGGGGAAAUCCAGGUGCUUCGUGGGGCUGCAGAAGAGAGGGACUUCCUGCACGUGACUCACGAGAAGCUGCGGCAGGAAAAGCUGCUCCUGGAAACGCAGGUAUCGGAUCUCUCCCAAAAAUGCGAGCGGUUGAACCAGCUUGUGACGGAGGGGAAGAAGCCGGGGGAGAGAUUCUGGGCCAGAACGAGAGACGGCGUGUCAGAGGAGCCUUUCGCCGGCCCGGGAGAAGAGAUGGAGCAGCUUCGUCUUCAGUUGCUUGAGAGCAGCAGGAGGGUGGAGGAAGUGGAAAAGCAACUUCAAGGCAGCCGGGAAGAGAAGAGCCUCUUGUGGGAGGAAAACAGUCGGUUGAGGAGCGACAUCCUCGCCCUGCGGCAUCAACUCAGCGCCCGCAGCCCAGGGACGGUGAGGUCAAGGCACGAGGCUGGGUUUGGGGAGAAUCCGCCCCCCGUGGCCCAUGCCCCUGCGGGGAGCGCCGACGGCAACAUCCACCAGGUCCCCCCAGGAGAGAAGCUCCUUCGGCAGCAGGAGGAACUGCAGCGGCUUCGACACGACGUCCAUCGAGUCCAGAAUUUGUGCCGGUCCACCGAGAAGGAGCUGAGGCACGAAAGGGAAAAAAACCUGGAGCUAAGGAAACACAACGUCUCGCUCCAGCAGGAGAACAUCAAGGUCAAAGCGGAGCUGAGGCAAGUGCAGCUGAAGCUUUCGGAGGCCUCCCAAGCCUGCUCGUCGCUCACCUCGCAGGCCGAACUCAGCCACCAGAAGGCCCAGGAGCUGGAGCUGCAGCUGAUGAAGCAGGCCCAGGCUGCCCAACAGCAGAGCGGCCUGCGAGAGAAGCUCGCCCAGGAGAAAGCCAGGGUGGCCGAAGCCGAGAAGACGAUUGCGGAGCUGCAGCAGAAGCUGAAGGACUCCCAACAUCAGAUGCAUCUCUUGGGGAAGAAGCAGCUGGAGGAAGAAGUGAAGGAGGCCCGAGAGAAACAGGCCAGGGCCCAGCGGCAGUUUCAGGAGGAGCAGCAGAAAAGGAAGUUCCUUGAACAGCGGGCAGAAGAGCUUCACCAGCAGCUCAGGUCGGCCCGGGAGAAGGAGACUCAGCUCACGAGGACCUGCGCAGAGGGCCAAGUCCAGUCGCAGCAGCUGGAGGCCCGGCUGCGGAUCCUGGAGGAAGAGAAGAGGACACUCUCCAACGAGCACCUCCACUGCCAGAAAUACAGCCAGAAGCUCUCGGAGCAGCUUUUAGCCUUGCAGCAGGAGAAGGACACCCUCCACGAGGAGUACAUGCACAUCCUGGAGCAGGUGGACCUCUCGAUCCGGUUCGGUCCCGAGCCUUUUCUGAAAGCCUUCUGUCACCUCAGAAAGAACCGUGAGAGGAAGCUGCGGCACAGGGCCAAGCUGCGGCGGGCCAAGGAGACGUUCAUCUCUGAAGUGAAGCAGCGGGACGUCCGUCUCCGGCACCUGGAGGAUGAAGUCCAGUUAUCGAAGAGCCUGAGAGAAAAGGACCAGGCGCUGAUCCGACGGAUGGCCGCUGAGAACGAGAGCUUGCUGCAGAAGAAAGCGAAGCUUUCACAACAGCUCCUUGAUCUCGAAGAAGCCGACCGGAGCAGCAAGCGGGUCCUCUCCACCACGCAGAGCCGGUUGCAUUAUUUAAAUGAAGAGAACAAGCGGUUGCAGGAUCGGAUCCUCCAGCUGACCAGCCAGGUGGGAGCCCUGGAACGGGCCCUGAGGAACAUCCACAGUCACAACUUGGAGGAGCUGAAAAGCAUUGGUUUCUCUGAGUGCCACCUCCAAAGCCAGAUGCCAGCCCUUCCUAACUUAAGCCUUUCCGUCGGCGGGCUGGCGGACACGCGUGGCUUCCUGAAGGCCAUCAAGGACGGUAAAGGAGAGGCCCCCGCAGAGAAACCUUCGCUCUCCCCAUCGCCGGAGAUCGGCUACUUAAACGUGGCCUCCCCCGGAGACCCUGCCGACGUACGCCGAGAGGAGCCCACCCAGCCGUCCUGCUACGAUGGGGCCGAAGGGGCAAGAGAAGACUUUUGAAAGGGGAGAAGAGCACAGCCGCUCCCCGAGGAGGCUCCCCCUGUUCCUGCCAAGUCCAGGCCCUCGUCUUCCUCCGGGCAGUGUUCUGAGCAGAACAGCCAGCCCUUGAAAACAUCUUUCCCCAAAAAUGUAUUUUUAUUUGUACAGUUGUCAUCAUACUCCUUGAUGGUACGAUACGUGUCUGUAUGUAUAUACUAGGAUGAGAGCCAGGAUGGUGGGCGGGCCAAGGUGUUGGAACUAGGGCUCAAGAGACCCGGGUUCGAAUCCCUGCUGUGCCCAUGAAACUUACUGGGGGGAUGUUCAUCCCUUGAGUAUCUCAAAUGCUUGUUAAGGAAACAUGGCGAACCAGGUCUGAAUAUCCUCUCAACGCUAUCUAAAUGUAAGAUAAAUAUAAAUAGUUGUAAUAUAAAUGCAUAGA